UUGAAAAGGCCGUGUCCCAGCCAGAAACAUGGGUUGAACUAUGUGGUGUGGCGAAUUUGUGCUGCCUGCCUGAGAGAAUCCGUCACAGAAACAAACCGCCCCCUCCCACUCGGAGUGGCCCCGCUUCAGAAGCAACUCAAAAUACAUAAAGCCUCCAUGUUGCACAGGGAAUGUAAGGCCAGAAGACAUGAACUGUUUGUUUGAAAGUGUCAGCCAACGUUGAACAACUCGCGUUUGAUAAAUGUUUUUGGACAAAACAAUCCUCCGACGGGCUUCCUGGUGUUUUCAACGUUGUUCCAGACACGGCCUCACAGUUUGGAUCAACGGAGCUGCAAAGCUAACUUGCUAACUUCAGUUUGUUAGCAAUUCAGCGUCGUUUUUUUAAAAGACAGAUAUGCUAUCAACAUUGCCCACAAAAUAUUUGUUUGCAGCGAUGAUAUUUUGCGGAGAGCCAUAAAUGACAGCCAUUAACUGGAUUCCAUUGACCACCGUGCUAGCUGGCUGGCUGGCUACCACAACACUUCGCCCUGGACGGUUGUCUGGCUUUGUGGGCUAGCUGGUCAUCCUUAUCUUAAACAGCUAGCUAGCUAACCGUAGUUAGCAAAAGAAGUAAACGCACUGUCACAUUGUGGGAAACAAAACAAGAAUAACCACCCGUCUAAAUGGACCACAUGUCCAUAAUAACCCAAGUUUCCAACCCGAAGGAGGAGGAAAUAAUAUCAUUCAGCCAGGAAAAGGCGUCCCAGUCGAAGAGCAGCCUAAAGAAGCAGAGGAGCCGGGGCAUUUUCAGCACAUUCUUCUGCUGCUUCCGCAACUACAAUGUGGAGCCACCAGCCACUAACACCAACACAAGCUCCCUGCCUCCACCUGUUGAGGAGAAUGGUUCACCUCCUAAGUGUGACCAGGUCGAGGUCUUCCCUGUUCCUAGUCCGCCAGCCAAAUACCUGCUGCCAGAAAUGAAAAUAUCUGACUAUGGAAAAAAGUGUGUGGUGAUUGACUUGGAUGAAACUCUCGUCCACAGUUCGUUCAAGCCCAUCAGCAACGCUGAUUUUAUUGUUCCCGUGGAGAUUGAUGGUACUGUUCAUCAGGUGUAUGUGCUGAAACGACCCCAUGUGGAUGAGUUCCUUCAAAAGAUGGGAGAGCUGUUUGAAUGUGUGCUGUUUACGGCCAGUCUUGCCAAGUAUGCAGAUCCUGUGGCAGACCUGCUGGACCAGUGGGGUGUGUUUCGAGCGCGACUCUUUAGAGAAUCCUGCGUUUUCCACAGAGGAAACUACGUCAAAGACCUCAGCCGGCUGGGGCGAGAGCUCAACAAUGUCAUCAUCGUUGACAAUUCACCCGCCUCUUACAUUUUCCACCCAGAAAAUGCUGUCCCAGUCCAGUCCUGGUUUGACGACAUGAAUGACACAGAGCUCCUGGACCUGCUACCUUUCUUUGAGGGACUCAGCAAAGAAGAAGAGGUUUAUGGAGUUUUGCAGAAUCUGAGAAGCAGGUAGCAGGACAUGUCACAGCGCCGCCUGUGCUCGCCCUCUCUGCCCCUCUCUGCCACCACUUGGCUCAGACUCAGGCAGAUCCUCCCAUAUGUGCCCCUCUUGUAUCUACCCAAGGGGACGCCUUGAAGUCUCACUGUGGAAACCUUCAUGUAACCCCGUCUCUGCUUGCAUCACCUGGUGACAGGCUACCUUCUGAGUGCCAUCAAAAAAAAAAAAAAA